UUCCAUCUUAUUAACUUAAUUGAUUGCAUCAUGAUGAGUGACGACGCAGAUUUCACGAUCUCCCCCCUCCACCUCCACCACCUCAAUCUCAUCAUCGUCCUCGCCGUCCUCAUCAUCGGCGCCACUCUCUACAUCAUCACCCGCCCCAGGUCCAUCUACCUCCUCGAUUCGUCCUGCUUCCGCCCACCGGACUACCUCCGCGUCGACUACAACCGCUUCAUGGAACAUUCCAGACUCACGGGGGAAUUUGACGACUGUGCGCUUGAAUUCCAGCGCAAAAUCUUGCAGCGCUCUGGUCUUGGGGAAGAAACCUACUUCCCCGAAGCUAUGCAUGCCAUCCCUCCAAACCCCUCCAUGGCCGCCGCAAGACAAGAAGCCCAACAGGUCAUGUUUGGUGCGCUCGACAAUCUCUUUGCCAACACCGGCAUCAAGCCGAAACAAAUUGGAAUCCUCAUCGUGAAUUGCAGCUUGUUCAACCCUACACCUUCUCUUUCCGCCAUGAUCGUCAACAAGUACAAGCUCAGGGAGAACACAAGGACCUACAAUAUUUCCGGGAUGGGUUGCAGUGCAGGAGUGAUAGCCAUCGAUAUCGCCAAAGACUUGCUUCAAGUUCAUAGAAACACCUACGCCGUGGUGGUGAGCACAGAGAACAUCACGCAGAAUUGGUACUUGGGGAACAAGAAAUCAAUGCUCAUCCCUAAUUGCUUGUUCCGGAUGGGCGCUUCUGCGGUGCUUCUCUCCAACAAAAGCUCCGAUAGGCGGCGUUCAAAGUACAAACUUCUUCAUGUAGUGAGAACGCACAAAGGUUCAGAUGACAAGGCCUACAAAUGCGUGUUUCAGGAAGAGGACGAUGAAGGCAAAACAGGGGUUACGCUUUCCAAAGAUCUGAUGAUCAUUGCUGGUGAGGCUCUCAAGACUAACAUAACCACGCUGGGUCCAUUGGUGCUUCCCAUAAGUGAGCAGCUUCUGUUCUUCGUUACGCUGGUUGCGAAGAAGAUGUUGAAUACGAAGGUGAAGCCUUACAUCCCGGAUUUCAAGCUGGCUUUCAGCCAUUUCUGUAUCCAUGCGGGGGGGAGGGCGGUGAUCGACGAGCUGGAGAAGAAUCUGCAGCUGAGGGCGGAGCACGUGGAAGCUUCUAGAAUGACGCUUCAUAGGUUCGGGAACACAUCAUCGAGUUCGAUAUGGUACGAGUUGGCGUACACGGAGGCGAAGGGGAGAGUGAGGAAGGGCCACAGAGUGUGGCAGAUAGCUUUCGGGAGUGGGUUCAAGUGUAACAGUGCUGUUUGGGUUGCUUUGAAAAAUGUUAAGCCUUCUCCCAAUAAUCCAUGGGAAGAUUGCAUUCAUAGCUACCCUGUUCAGCUUCUCACUUAAUUAUAUUUCUUCCUUUUCUUUCUA